CUACCGGAAAAAGGGGUGGCAAAGCCCCCUUUGGCUCCGCGCUGCUCUCAUCGUGGUGUGAGCGGAUCGGCGAUUCGGUGGCUGAUCGUGAAAAGCUGAACGCAGGAAUGAAGAAGUGACCUUGAGAGCUGACCACAUUCACAUAAAUUAUGAGGACUAAAGAAGAAGCACCAACGGACCGUGGCUAUUUGGUGGGAAUCAUUUUCUUUAUCCUUGGCCUGGGAACACUGCUGCCGUGGAAUUUCUUCAUGACUGCCUCCAUGUAUUUCAACAACAGACUGAACACGCCUGAGAACAGUAAUGGAACAGUCACUGCUAAGAAAGAGUACUAUUUCAACAACUGGAUGACUUUGCUAUCCCAGCUUCCACUGCUGCUCUUCACCCUGCUCAACUCCAUCCUCUACCAGCGGGUUUCGGAGAAGAUGCGGAUAGCAGGCAGCCUGGUCUUCAUCCUCAUCCUCUUCAUCCUCACCGCCAUCCUGGUGAAGGUUCCCAUGGAAAACGACCGCUUCUUCUCCAUCACUAUGGCGACCAUCUGGUUCAUCAACUCUUUCGGGGCCGUGCUGCAGGGCAGUCUCUUUGGUUUGGUUGGACUGCUGCCUCAGAAGUACAGUGCAGUGUUUAUGAGUGGACAGGGCCUGGGUGGAACCUUCGCUGCUAUCGCCAUGCUCUUAGCCAUCGCAAGUGAAACAGAUGAUAAGACUGCAGCGCUGGGAUAUUUCAUCGCUCCAUGUGUGGGGACUGUAGUAACGCUCAUCAGCUACUUACUGCUGCCCAAACUGGAAUUUGCUAGGUUUUAUCUGGAUAAGAGUACAAGUCAGACCUAUGAAUUGGAAACUUCCCACCAACUGCUGCCUAAAGAGACCCCACAGGAAAGCUUUGAGCUGAACGGUCACGCUAAUGGCUCAGUGCCCAAAGAAAACCCCAGUGGUUUGGCCAGUGAGGAAGGUGAUGGUGGCAGGCAAGCCUUUGUCAGUCUGGAGACUGCUAAUUCUAAAGAGAAAAAAAGCUCUGUCCUGGAGGUGUUCAAAAAGAUCUGGGUAAUGGCGUUUUGUGUAACGUUCGUGUUCACGGUCACACUCUCAGUCUUCCCCGCCGUCACAGUGGAUGUGAAGACCGUUUACUCAGGGAAAUGGGAACUCUAUUUUAUCCCUGUAUGUUGCUUCCUGGUCUUUAAUGUAAUGGACUGGACUGGGAGAACGGUCACUUCUCUUGUGCAGUGGCCUCCUAAAGAAAGUCGAUUAUUUCCGAUGUUGGUGAUUUUUCGGGUGAUCUUCGUGCCUCUGCUGAUGCUGUGUAACGUUCAGGAGCGCCGCUUCCUCCCUGUGUUCUUCUCUAAUGACGUGUUGUUCGUCAUUAUCAUGAUGCUCUUCUCCAUCUCCAGUGGAUACUGCGUCUGCCUCUCCAUGUCUUAUGCACCCCAGCUGGUGGUUCCAAAAGAUGCAGAAACAGCGGGAGCUUUGAUGACGUUUUUCUUGGCAUUGGGUCUGUCACUGGGAGCUGCUUUCUCUUUCCCACUGCGCUUACUUGUGUAGCCAGGCACUUCUUCAUCUAACCCAAAACCCUGUCCAAAAAGUCUUCUGCUGUAACCUCCAUCCAACACCAUCUGAAAGGUGAGAUGCCCCAUCGUCAAUCAGCCUGCUCUGGGACAAAAAAGGCCUUAACGUUCGUCAUCGAAUUCUGGAGGAAUCUACAUGGUGAAAAAAAGAAAGGCUGAGCAGGAAAGGGCCGUUAAUGUUCUUUUGGGUGCUGUGGCUUAAAAAGAAUUUUAAGUAGCAUGUACUAGAUUAAAAUCUUUGAAAAGGGAGAUGGUGAGGAAGACUAAAUUAAAGGGAUGGAUGUAGACCUCAUCAUCAUUAAAACCAUCUUUAAAUGAAUUUGAACGAUAACAAAAACACUGCCACCUCUGAGAAUACUCCUAGAAAUAAAGGUGUCAGAAUAGCUAUGGAUCAAUGCCAUAGAAGAACCACUUAGUUCCUUCAUGAACCUCUUAAUAAAUGGUUGAAGGUUUAAAGGACUAUUUUUUGAAAAUUAGAUGUGUGUGUGAAGGACCUUUUUAGCUUUUUAAGAACCUCCACAUACUGUCUGGUUUUCCCCAGAACCUUAUGUCCAAGCCAAGAACUAUUUAGACAAUUUUAUUUUUAAGAGUGUAGCUCAUAUGUAGUUGAUUAAAAUAUCUCAGAGGUAAAAAAAAAAAAACUGACUAAUCCUAAAGCUGGUCUAUAAGGUCAGUAGAUGUUUCUUUUUUUUCCAUUAUUUUGAAUUUUCUGAAGGACAUUUUUGCCUAAAGCAUUACUCAGAGGGCUAAAAGCAGACAGGAUGGAUCAAUACUGUUGCCUUUAAAGGGAUAGCCACAGUAGCCAUCACUAUGGCAACCAAGGUAAAAUUUGAAGGUAUGUCAUGAGAAAAAAAAGAAGAAUGAAAGGGAAACACUAAUACGAGUUACCAGUGACUUCACAAACUGCUCAGGAACAUUUGCAAUCUGUGAAAUUACAAUGUAAGAAGGAAAAGUAAGACAAAACUUUGGUUUUCAGUGUCACAUCUGAAAGAGGAAGAGAGAAAGAGGAGGGAACAGAAACUCCUGUUGAGUUUCUUUUUGUUUUUUUAACUAUAACUGAAUGAAUUUCUCCAAGCUGUUUAUUUCAUACUGGUAUGAACACUCACAAUGUCAGUGACCUUCUGACAACUAAAAGGGAACAACAUUACUGACCACACGAUACAUUUAGGACAGUGUUCCAAGCUGAAAGGCCUAUAGCCAAGUACGCCACUUUUCAUCGGGUCACUUAAACCUCAUUGUAAAUAUUUAUUUAGUUACAUUUUAUUUAUUUUUGUCAGUUUGAAACAAUAACUGAACUGAAAAACAUUUCUGAGCAUUAACAGUGAUGCUAAAAAUCAUGAUAAUUGGGGGUGAUGGAUUGAUUUAAUCCUGAGGCUGUUUUGACUUUAAAUCAUUAAUGAAAAAGAUGUAUGUAUUUCUAGCAUUAUUCUUUGAAGAACUGUAGUAUUAGAGCUCUGUCAUGUAAAACAGGCAGUUUCAUAUAAUUGCUGUUGAAACAAAACCUCAUAACUCCAUUUUUAUUACUAUAAUUUAUAAAAAGGCAGCUGCCCUCUUACAUUGUGUGAACAUGUCAAAUGGACUAGUAGAAAUGAUCCAAAAUUAUCUGGAAUAAAAUGUUAUUACAUUAACUCAUGUACGGUAACACUUAACUAAAGGGUAGGAUUCAUAAGGCUACAUGACACCUACGUAACCCUUUAAUGACAACUGACGUAAAGCUAUUUAGAUGUUUAUUCCUACAAGUGUCAGCUCUCAUAAAGGCUGCUUUUGUCCAUUGUGAUGUGAUCUUGCUCUCAGCCAAUGUUAUGACAACUGAGACUUGUUAGAAAAAGCUUUUAUAAAUGUUUAUACAACUUUAUGUCAGUUGUCAUUAAAAGCUUAUGCCUUUGUAAAUGCUACCAUUGUGUUUUGUUUCAGCAAUGACGGUAUACAUGUAUAUGCAUGCAUAUGAAAUUUCUCAUUUCAUCUAAACUGACUUGUUCAACUGACGAAUUAUUUUGAUACAUUUAGGAACUCGAUGUGUAGCAGUGCAUGUUGGGAUUGAUGUCAUUAAAUGAAAAGCGACUUUUCAUUUGUUGAAAUGACCUGUUGUUGAGUUACAGGCCAUUUUCUUUUGGACGCUGUAAUUUACAGCAUCAUAAAUUAGCUUAGGCACUCUGCAAGGUCAGCAACUAGAGUAACAACAGUUCUGUCCUCUGACCUACUCUGUACUUUACCAUAAGAGAAGGCAGCUGGAGUGGAUUUAAAAGGACGACAGCAGAUAAAGAGUACUUUUCUUGUCCUUGAUUCUGUGCUGUAGAGAGCUUCUAGUGUAUGCAAAGUAUCUAGAGUAAAGAGAGCUUGACUACACAAAUGCUUUGGUUAACAUGCAAAAUCGUGCUAGGUGAUGCUGGUAAUGCUCUCAACUGCUGGUCCUGUUUUCAUAUGCCAUAAUACCUGCUUGGCUUGACCAUAUUGCAUUUGUAUUGGGAGAUAUUAUGAUUGCGAUAUACUGCAAUGCAUAAAAGAGCAUACUGGUAAACCCCUUAUGUGACAUGAUUAAUGAGAGUCAACAUUUUUUCAACCAAUGUUAAUGCUUUAAUUCAUCGAAACACCCACAGACGUUUUUCUGAAAUGUCUGAUGUGGUCGGAAAUAAAGUUUCUUACUCAUUUUGUUGCCCACUCCCGUUUGGCCAACUUUUUUGAACAAUUGGAUUACACCAUUUUUUCCAUAAUGAGGGGGGGUUUGCAUAUGAAAACAAAAGACAGCAACAUCAAGUACACUGUUCACUGAAUUGAAAACGAUUUUCAGUUGCUGUCCCAAUUUGGAGUUUUACUUGCUUCAGGCAGUUGGGCGAUUAUUAAUGUUUCUCCAAUGUAUAGCAUUCUAUUAUAUCAGUAUUUCACAAGCAAAUAUUACGACACAAGAUUUUACAGAUUCUCUACAUAAUUCUGUCGUUGAGAUAUAAAGUCAUUCAGAGUGCUUUGAUGUGAAAUGCUUCACUGUAGAGAAAUUGAUCCACUUGGCUUUCUUUACAGUGGUCGUGAUUGGAACCAAGUGUUGCAAUGUUAACAGUACAUCAAUUUUAUUUACUAUCCAAACGACUAGUGAAUCUGCAUGUGUCUUCAGCAUAUUUGUCUGACCAAGUGUCAUGUUCAUAGCCAUUUCAUCUGAUAACUUUCUAUGAAAGAGCUUUUAGACGCAUUAACCCCUUACAUGGCCAUGGCCCACGAGCGGGCACAACUUUUAUUUCACACUUAUAUAACCUCAGAACCAGUUUGGGUCCCUGUAGUUACUGAAUAAUACACCUUAGUAUGUAAAAACCCUGGGAUUUUAAUGGGUUAAACCAGAACCGAGGAACUGAGGGCUAGAGUCCAGCACUGUUUGCUGAUUCCCUGCUCUAACAUUCCAAAUAAAUCUGGCAAUUCAUUGGUAAGUUGGAUCAGGUGUGUUUGAAGGGAAAAAUCUCCAAACUGCAGGAAUCUGGAAUCUCAAGAAUGGAGCAUUUCACCUUGACCCACUUUGAAUGACUGUUUGAAUCUGGGGAAUUCUCUGCUUUAACAAACAAUAUAAACAAAACAGCACUGCUAAUCCAUGGCCUUCUGUCCUCUUCCUCUGCUUAAGGUAUUACAUGAAAUAAAACUGAAAAACCCCAUUUGUAAAACAUCAGGAGUUUGUUUAUUAGCUGAGCUGUACUUGUACAUUUUGCUGUGGAUUGUUCUUAUUUAGCAUUUUAUUUUAUUUAUAGUUUACCAUGCUACUCUGGUUUAGUAGAUAGAUUUAGUAUUUUUGUCAAUAAAGAAUUCAGUUUUUUUUCUGUUUUCUCUCUGAUGUAGUCAGUAGAUACAGUUUCUGUGGACUAAAUGACAAAAUAUACACUCCACUCAUUCACCGCUCUGUCUCUGCUUUUUCUUUGUUAAGCCUGAAGGUGGAACUUGUGGAGUUCUAUUUUUGCAGUGAUACGAAUGUAGAUGUUUUGUUUUUUAAUGAUACUUUUGGUAAUUAUUAUUUGUUUUUUACUUUUUGAAAAAGUCCCAUGUCUGUUCAGCAAGAUUGCUGAUUCUAAACGAGGUUAAAUGUGUAUAAAGAGAGAGAGAGAAAGAGAGAGAGGGGGAGAGAAAAUGACUAAAAAAAGGCAAGCGUGCACAGCCUGCAAUCCCUUCUGGCCAGUAAAUGUGUAUUUUUCGCACACAAUUUUCCAGGGAAUCUUUUUUUCUGUUUAGUUGCAAUAUUUUCCCAUUGUAGAACCCAGACUAAAGAGAGAGAUCUGCCUUUUUAAACAGGUACUCCAGCAUUUUCAACCUAAUGUCUAUCUCUGCUGUACCUGUUGUGUACAGUUGAUGACCACAAUUUUGAAGAGAUUCCUGCACAGACAAAAAGAAAAACAGAAAAUCUGGUGACUCAGAACACACUUAUAAUAGAAGCCAUUGGGCAGUUCUAUUAAUAAACAUUUAUGCCAAACGUGCAUUUCGGUGAACAUGUAUUAUUUUCCAGUGCAUUUUUCACAGUUAUGACGAGAGGAUCUGUAAGCAACAUAGUAGUGUGGGCGGGGUUUUCACAGGCUCUGCCCAACGACAUGUGCUUACUAUGUAAAAUAAUUGUCUGGUAUACACCGACCAGCCACUUCAUGCAGUGACACUGACGUGGUGGUGGCGUGUAAGUGUGUGGCACUGGUAUGAGUAGAUCAGACACAGCAGUGCUGUUGCAAUUUUCAAACACUGUGUCCACCCACUGUCCACUCUGUUAGACAGAGUGCGCAACACACACUAACAUGCUACCACGUCAGUGUCACCGCAGUGCUGAGGAAGAUCCACCACCCAAAUAAUACCUGCACUGUGAUGGUCCUGUGGGGCUCCUGACUAUAGAUGAGCGAGGUAGAGGGGGGCUAACAAAUUCUGCAGAGAAACAGAUAAAGUACAGUCUGUAAUUGUAGAACUACAAAGUGCAUCUAUAUGGUAAGCAGAGCUGAUAAAAUGGACAGUGAGUGUAGAACGAAGGAAAUGUGUUUAAUGAAGUGGUCGGUCGGUGCUGCAGGUAGAUUAGGAGAUUAUGUUAAAAAUGUUGACACACUCCCUUAAACUGUUAGAAUUGGAACAGCUUCGUCCACCCUAAUCUCUCUCGAUCAGAGAAACAAGAAAAACAAGAUUCAGGGUAGAGUAUCAUAUAUGUCCAGUCUAUUUCGCCCCCUGGUGACAAAAGUAAGUAAAGUUGUAACAGAAGUGCCGUAGCUUUUACAGUAGUGAAGAAUGUCCUACAGUGCCAUUUAGUCUAUUUUUCGAUGAUUUUUAAAUGAAUGCCAAGGCUUCAGGACUGUACAGCUGAUGAUACUGCACUGCACUGUUACAAGGGAGUGAUUCAUGGCUUUGUACAUGUGUAUUUGUAAGAUUUUCUUUUUCAUCAACAUUGUCAGCAUUGAAACUACUUAAAUAAAGUGUCAUUUUUUAAAAA